AACUGAGAAUCUCGACGCUGAAAGCAACAAACCGAAAACCUUCUGCGAAUCAGCCACGAAAUAGACCGGUCUCGGUAUACAGUGCGGAAUUUAAGCGUCGUCGCUGACGUUAUAUGAAGUACGUAAGUGUGUGGAGCGCAGUGUGUUAGAACCCAUGUGUGAUCCAGGGCCACAUUACUGACCGGAAACUGGCGUCUGCACCGGAGCUGAUCAUCAUAAGGACCGCAGAUCAAUUCAUUUGGAAGCGGGAUUUGAAGAGCAUGAAUCACGCACCGGAAAAGCCGUAGACAAGGGCCCAAAUGAUUCUGCUGUGGAUUUUAUAGAGACUUCUUAUCCCUCCAAAUCCCCCCUUUUUUUCCACCCAGCAUUGUUCCCUACAAGAUUAUGUCAGCAGCACAGACACAGAAUGACAAUGAGCAGCGUUGGAGCUGCCUGGAGUCUCUGGGUCUCAGUCCCAGAGAACUGGUUCUGGCUGAGGCUUUGCAGAUGGAGUAUGAUGCACUUUCACGCCUUAAACAGGACAAAGAUCCCACUGGAAGGGGAGAGUCUGAGAGUAGCAAGACCAUGCCAUCCAGAAAUACACAAUCUAGACAUAUCCCCAGCCCAUCUGGGACAAACUUGCGCCAAGGGCUUUCAGGAUCUGAUCCAAUUCUCAACCUCAUCCAGCCUGGGGUUUCCAGCCCAUCAAGGUCAAAUAUGGAUCCUCAUGGCUACAGCAAGGAACCACUCUAUAUCCUGGAAAAUCCUGGGAAGAAUGAUUAUGAAAGGAUGACAGAAGGACUUUCAAAGGGAUUGCCACCUCCAGAUGAACCUCCUCCUGCAAUUCCACCAAGAAAUCCAAUACCUCAACCAGACUCAUUCCACCUCUGCAGGGGUUCAGCUCCCAGAGACGUGAAUCUGUUCAGCCCUGAGGUGGACCAACCCAAGCUUUCAUCUGGAGAAACCCUGAACUAUGACAACCUGAAUGACUCGCUUAUGAAGCUCAGUGGUAGGCAGUCACCUAGGCAACAAAAAGCGAAUGGCGACCAAGCUGGGAAGCCUGUGGCUCGUAGCAAGACGCUACCCCCUCAGGUGCCACCUCGCACCUAUUUGCCUGUGCAUAAAGGCAUCCGAAACAACCGCAGAGUGUCAGCUGAUCCGGUGUCACUUCAAUCCAGGAACAAUGGCUAUGAGCUCUUCCAGGUUUCUGAGGAGCGUGAUGAGGAGGUGGCUGCCUUCUGUCAUAUGCUCGAUGUGUUGCGCUCUGCUUACCCAUGCAUAGACCACUCUAAGAAUGCAGGCUUUGUGUGGAGCCCAUGUGUGGCAAUGGAGGAGCUGCAGCAGGUACUCGAGGUCAGCAUAAAGGUCACUGUCAUCGGUGAGCACAUCCGAGAGCCACUCAUCUUCACCUGCGAUGGUUCAUCCACUAUUGACCUGCUAAUAUACCAGACCUUGUGCUACGCCCAUGAAGACCUGGACCUAGUCGAUGUGGAUGACUACCUGAUGAAAGUGUGUGGAAAAUCAGAGUAUCUCAACAACUCUCAGACUUUGGCUGGACUUGAAUAUGUCCAGCAGUGUCUGAAGUUUGAUUGGGACGUCCAGCUUUUCCUCACCAAGAGAAGCUCUGUUAACAUGGAGUUAGCCCGCACUGUAGAAGAUGAUGAUACGGCAUCCUCCCUGAACCACAGCAUCAUGCUGCAGGAGAGGCCCAUCAAGCAAACUGUGACAAGGGAGGCACUCACUUUGCUUCUGGACACUUUUCAUAAUGAGGCAGAGUCCUUCAUGUUAUCAGAGGCUGAACUGCAGUUGCACGUGGAGCGCUUGGUUCAGUCCGUCAAGGCUCUGUGCAGCUCGCUGGCUGCUGUGGAAACGCCUGACAUCACCUCAGCCCUGAAUCAGCUGCCUGCUUGCCCGUGCAGACUGCAGCCUAGAGUGCAGAAGGAUGUGAGCAUGCUGAUGAAGAGAGAAAACCGAGAGAAAAUAGUUGAGAGGUUGACGGCUGCCAUCUUGGAUCUGGUGGAGCUCUACUGCAGCACGUUCAACGCUAACUUCCACACGGCUCCACACAGCAGCCGGGCCACAGUUCCAACCCAGGAGGCAGGCAUGGUUAUCAACGUAUUGUCCUUCAAUAUUUACGCUGCCCACCGCGUCCCCAUCACCUGGGCCGCCAGUUAUGAAGGGUUCUUUCUUUCGUGUUCUCUCAGCCAUGGGGGAAACGAACUGUGUGCCCCCCAGCAUACAAGCAAACAGUCAGUCAGCAAAUACCUCUUCCAUCUGGUGGUUUGGGACCAAAGGAUUUGCUUCCCGGUGCAGAUCAACCAGCUGCCCCGGGAGUCUCAGCUGACAGUGACUCUGUAUGCGACUCCGUUACCACCCCCCGGAGCAGAAGACAAGAGCAAGCAGAAAGCCCGCAACAUGGAGGCCCUGGGCUGGGUCACAAUGCCGCUGUUCAACUUUCAACACAUUUUGACGUGCGGAAGGAAGCUUUUGGGUCUUUGGCCGUCAACCCCAGGAAGCGGAAACACCCGGUCCAGCACUCCCAACUUCAGCCAGCCAGAUAGCGUCAUCCUGCAGGUUGACUUCCCAACGUCUUCCUUCGAGGUGUGUUUUAGCACCCCUCCACCAGCCGAGUUCAGUCCUCUGUACGAGUUCUCCAGACUGGACUACAGCAGCCAGAGACAGCUCCAAGAUAUACUGAACAAGAAAUCUCUCUUCUGGUUGACUCCAGAGCACAAGCGUCUGCUUUGGGAAAAGCGUUACUUCUGCCAUGCAGAGAGCAGCCAUUUACCCAUGAUCCUCGCCAGCGCCCCCAGCUGGGAGUGGGCAUGUCUGCCUGAUAUUUACGCCCUGCUGCGCCAUUGGGCAUGUACAGACCACCUGGAUGCCCUGGGCCUGCUGCACGCCACGUUUCCAGAUCAGGAGUGCAGGCGCACAGCUGUCCAUUGGAUGGACUCCAUCUCCGACUCUGAGCUUCUGGACUUUCUCCCACAGCUGGUGCAGGCACUGAAGUAUGAGUGUUACCUGGACAGUCCACUGGUGCGCUUCCUGUUACGCAGAGCCAUUGGAGACAUGCGUGUCGCUCACUGCCUUUUCUGGUUGCUGAAGGACACUCUGCAGGACUCCCUGUUCAGCGUACGCUAUCAGCACCUUCUGGCCGCGUUGCUCUGCUGCUCAGGCCGAGGCCUCCGGGAAGAGUUCGAUCGCCAGUGCUGGCUCAUCAGCAUACUGGCUAAAGUUGCACAGCGUGUCCGAGACUCCUCACCGUCAUCCAGACAGGCUCUUCUGAGAGAGGGACUGGAUGAGGUCAAGCAAUUCUUCUCCAUUAACAGCAGCUGCCGCCUUCCCCUUAACCCUGGCCUGCUAGUCAAGGGCAUUAACAUACAGUCCUGCUCCUAUUUCAACUCCAAUGCCGUGCCACUCAAGCUCUCAUUCCAGAACAUGGACCCACUGGGAGACAAUAUUAACGUCAUCUUUAAGUCAGGUGAUGACCUGCGGCAGGACAUGCUCACCCUGCAGGUCAUCCGCAUCAUGAACAAAAUCUGGAUACAGGAGGGCUUGGAUAUGAGGAUGGUCAUCUUCCGCUGCUUUUCCACUGGCCGGAGUCGAGGCAUGGUGGAGAUGAUCCCGAAUGCCGAGACCUUGAGGAAGAUCCAAGGAGAGCAUGGGGUCACCGGCUCCUUCAAGGAUCGCCCGCUGGCUGACUGGCUACAAAAACACAACCCCACAGAGGACGAGUAUGAGAAAGCGGUAGAGAACUUCAUCUACUCCUGCGCAGGCUGCUGUGUGGCCACCUACAUCCUGGGCAUCUGUGACCGCCACAAUGACAACAUCAUGCUGAAGAGCAGUGGCCACAUGUUCCACAUUGAUUUUGGCAAAUUCCUGGGUCACGCGCAGAUGUUUGGCAACAUCAAACGGGACCGGGCUCCUUUUGUUUUUACGUCAGACAUGGCUUACGUGAUUAACGGAGGUGACAAGCCUUCGAGUCGCUUUCAUGACUUUGUGGACUUAUGUUGCGAGGCAUACAACCUCAUAAGGAAACAUGCACAUCUGUUCCUCAACCUGCUUGGCUUGAUGCUGUCCUGUGGCAUUCCCGAGCUAUCAGAUCUAGAGGAUUUAAAGUAUGUUUAUGAUGCACUGAGACCACACGAGUCUGAGGCUGAUGCCACUAUGUACUUCACCAGGUUGAUCGAGUCCAGUCUGGGCAGCGUGGCCACAAAACUCAACUUUUUCAUCCACAACCUUGCCCAGAUGAAGUUCGCCUCGUCCGAGGAGCGUCCUGUUCUAUCCUUUGCGCCGCGAGUCUACACGCUGAAAAGUGACGGCCUCAUUCGCAGUCUGUUUGUGUGCCGCCACAUCAAAACCUACAGCCCCAACAAGGGUUAUACAUAUGUGGUGAAAGUGGAGCGUGAGGGCCAGCAGGGGGCGACAUUGGUUCAGAGGAGUUUUGAAGAGUUCCAUGAGCUACACAGCAAACUACGCCUCAUCUUCCCUUCAUCCAAGCUACCCAGCUUCCCCAGCCGUUUUGUGAUUGGCCGUUCUCGCGGAGAAGCCAUGGCUGACCGGAGGAAAGACGAGCUGAACGCAUACGUGUGGCAUCUGAUCCACUCAGCUGCCGAGGUUGCUCAGUGUGACCUGGUCUACACCUUCUUCCACCCGUUACAGAGAGACGAGCGGCCAGUAGGAACAGCUGUAAACACACUGGGUAACAAACCAUCAGAUGGUUCUUGGACUCCUGUGCCAGGUAAAGUGGCUGGUGAAGUAAAAUUGUCCAUUUCCUACAAGAGCGACAAGCUUUUCAUUAUGGUGAUGCACAUACGAGGCCUGCAGCCCUUGCAGGACGGCACUGAUCCAGAUCCAUACGUCAAACUGUACCUGCUCCCUGAUCCCCAGAAAACAAGCAAGAGGAAGACGAAGGCAGCUCGCCGCACCUGUAACCCCACAUAUAACGAAAUGUUGGUGUAUGAUAAGAUACCACGUGGAGACCUGAGCCAGAGGUCAAUCCAUCUUCGAGUUCUAGGCGACGGGGCAUUCUGGGAAAACACGCUGCUGGGUGAAGCCUUCAUUCCCUUAAAGAAUCUAACACCAGGACAGCACUGGGUGGACUGGCACCAGCUGAGCACAGGCAGCUCCGAUGGCAGCCGCUGACAGAAACACACAGUUGCAGAGACGGACACUGCUCGCUGCAUUCUGAUCAGCGGGUCUGAUUCGGCAUAUCCCUGUAAAGGGAAGUGACUCCUGAUACCUGUUGAGGAGUAUGGAGGAGUGUCUCUCGUUGCAUUGGGGUCUGAGUAGAAGGAUGUAUUUCCCCACACUGGGGGUGUUUGUAGCUGAUACUUCUGCCCUGGAGACGUGUAGACUCUGUGACGGAUAGCCACUACAUGUUCUAGUUGUGUUGGGGUUCUUUUUCACCCUCUACACAGAUUGUUUCUUGAGAUAUAAAGGCCCAGGUUUAGAAAACAUUGUCCAGUUUCCUGUUGAGAGAGGAAGUGAAAUGUUAACUUAUUUCAUUUUAAGAUGUUCUUUUAUUUUGGCUCGAUUUUGGAGCUAGCCUUUGUUAUGAUAUUUGUGUCUCUGUGAUGUAGAAUAUUGCAGAUUUUACCUAGUAAGUUAAAAAAAAAAAAAAGGAUAUAGGGAGUAAAAUUUUAAAAUGAUUUAACUUCUCAUUGUUGGUGGCAGGGAUCUAGCAUAUCUUGAAAAACUAAAACACUUGAGAUUCUGUGGCAUUGCAAAUGUGUGUGUAGUCAGGAAAAAGUCUAAUUCAGCCCAUUUGUCCAACCUCUGUAGCUGUAUAACAGACUUUUGUUUAUUUUUCUUUUCUUUUCUCUUAUUUUUUAACAAGCACCAGGCUUUGAAUAGAUCCAAAAUAUAGCCCUAUAUAGAGAAUAGCCCUGAGCUUUCUGUAAAAAAAAAAAUCUAGUGGGAUUCAUGUAGGUUGGUGCAGAUAGUUUACACUUCACACUGUAUCACAAACAAUCCAGUGACUUUAACAUGCCUUCUCAUGUAUAAGCAAGAAAGUGGCUUAAAAUGGAUCUUUGUUAAUAGACACUGUUACUGAACCUAAGGGGGAUAUAGGAUAGAUGCCAUGGGUGAUGUGUACAACGAUCCAGUUUGAUAUUCAACAAAAAGAAAAUUACAUUCUUUAUUUGUGCAAUGAUUUUCCACCAUCUACAGUGAUUAUAAAACAUGCUGGAUUUCCAGAAUGGGUGAAUUCUAGACCUUUUUUUGUUUGUUUGUUUGUUUCUCGUGUAUCUAUAUACCAAUUAAACCCUUAGCUUUCAAUAUGCACUACAUUGUUUUAAUCACAUUGGCACUUUAUAGACCACGAAUGUGUGCUUUGACCUUGAUAUACUUCCAAUAUAUCACCUGGCCCGAUAGCACACAAGCCAAUAUAGCUUAUUUACAGGUGCUCUUAGCUUGCCUUGAAAUGAAGUGGGAAGGUUGAAACAUGACGACAGGAGCCCAAGCAGGCGCUUUAAUUUUUUAUUUUUUUUUUUCACUUAUUUUCCUUCAGUGUAUUAUCUCAAGCUUGCACCAGUCUCUCCAGUGAGAAUGUGUAGUUGAAUGAUUUGUGUGCAUGCUGUGAAAUUUGCUACUGGAUAAAUGUUGCACUUUUGGUCUUGUUUGCUAUUAAGUAUUUUAUGCUUACGUUUUUUGGGAUCAGUCCGUUUCAGGAAAUAUUUUAUUUAUUUGAAGAAAGGGAAGCGAAGAUAAACCUGAACACAUUAGUAUUGUUCAUAUUCAUUCCCUAUUCUGUUGAAAUUGUUGGAAAGUCACCUCUUGUUUGGAAGUAAAUCUAAGUUUUAAGCUUUAAAAUCUGUUUUGUGGUGUUUUUCUUUCCAGCAAUGGAUGCAUGCAAAUGAUCUUGCAAAUGAACCUGUGGCAAAGGUUGUCUUCUUUGUUCCUCUUGUAAAACCUUUAUACAUACUUUCCCUUUCUGUUUCUUUCCCUUGCUUUGGAACGCAAGCUUGAUUUGUCCACUGUGAUCGUUAACCACCGUCCUAAAUAACCACUCUCCUGUCCACCCCCGAGACACCAGCUGUCUUGCUCAUGCUGUCGUGUCUAAUUUAACGUUGAAAACUUAUUUUGGAACUAGCAAAAUUGUCCUGAGUGUUAGUAUUAUUACUGGGGAGUUGUGUGCCCUUGGAAGAGAGACUGUUUGGAGACUCAGACUUGCUAUGAUCAUGCAGGACUUCAGCAAACCCAAAUAAGUUCACUUAUAUGACCACAGGCCAUUUGUACAAGAGAAAAUAGGAAAGAAUGUAUGUUCAAAAUGAUAUGGUGUAGUGUUGUACAUUAUUAAAUAUAUUAUUUGUCUGUG